AUGCCCCACCGCAUCACUGUGCCAUCGACAGCGUUGCACUACGAGGUGUUGUGGGGGGCGGAGGGAAUAGGGGCGCAUGUGCGGGAUGCAGCAGCGUAUGUGUGCUGGGCCAUCGCCCACUCCUUCUCACCGCCCGUCCCGUCGCUGCUGCCUCCCUGCAACGGCUUUGCCCUCCCCUCCUUGCCGUUGCGUGGUGUGACCGCCAGGUGGGCUGCUGUGACCGCCAGGUGGGCGGCAGCAGCGGCCUUCCAGGAGGUGGUGGGUUGCUUUGGCUGCAUCUCCGACGCCCAGGCGCUCUCCACGCCCACCACCCGAGGCACACCCCAUGCCUCCACCAGAGGAGCUGGCCAAGGAGGUGAUGCGGUGGAGAGCGGUGCCAAGAAGGAGGAGCAGUGGGCGCCAGCAGGGGGAAUUGCCAUAGUGAAUGCUGCUGACGUCACGUCGCUGUCGUCCACUCGCACCCCAUUCACUCAGGUGCCCACCACAGCCGCACCUUUCAGUCUGAGAAGCCGUAAUCAUUCUCAUCCGCCCUUGCCGCACCUGCACCUGCACAUGCACAUGCACCACUGUCACACGUGCCUCCGUAACCGCCAUUUGCCUCUCGUUACAUCUCUCCUCCUACCUCUCCUGCUAGUGGCUGUGCCCUGCCGCUCUUUCUGUGUGUGUGCUCCUACUGGUUGCCCUCUGCUCUCACUGCAGGCGAUCGCUGCCCUGCUUCAGGCCGAGUUCUUCAGCUGA